GUCCCUGACCCCGGAAGCGAUCCCCAGCGCGGGGAACGAUGGCGGCAGUGGCUUCUCGGAUGCUGGGGCUGCGGGCGGCGGGGCUGCUCCGCGCGGCUUGCGUGGGGCGGGCCGGCGCCUCCCGGAGUGUCCUCGGGGUCACCUCGCGCCCAGGGGUGGCAUGGAUGCCAAGCAGGUGUGGCAGCUCUGCAGCAGAAGCGCCUGCCACAAAAGCAGACGACUCCGUCCUCCAGUGGUUGCUGCUUCUCAUCCCUGUGACCGCCUUUGGCCUGGGGACAUGGCAGGUCCAGCGCCGGAAAUGGAAGCUGAAACUGAUUGCAGAAUUAGAGUCUAGAGUUAUGGCUGAGCCCAUCCCUCUGCCUGCAGACCCAGUGGAGCUCAAGAACCUGGAGUAUCGGCCAGUGAAGGUUAAGGGGCACUUUGACCACUCCAAGGAGCUCUACAUAAUGCCCCGGACCAUGGUGGACCCUGCCCGGGAGGCCGGCCGGAUCUCUUCUUCAACUGAGAGCGGGGCCUUUGUAGUUACCCCCUUCCACUGCACUGACCUGGGAGUUACCAUCCUGGUAAACAGAGGAUUUGUCCCCAGAAAGAAGGUGAAUCCGGAGACCCGGCAGACAGGCCAGGUUGAGGGAGAAAUGGACCUAACUGGGGUGGUGAGGCUGACAGAAACCAGGAAGCCCUUUGUCCCCGAGAACAACCCUGAAAGGAACCACUGGCACUACCGGGAUCUGGAGGCCAUGGCCAGGACCACAGGCGCGGACCCUGUUUUCAUUGAUGCAGACUUCAAGAGCACUGUCCCUGGAGGACCCAUUGGAGGGCAAACCAGAGUCACCCUGCGGAACGAGCACAUGCAGUACAUCAUUACCUGGUACGGGCUGUGUGCUGCUACAUCCUAUCUGUGGUUUAAGAAGUUUCUGCACCGGAUGCCUGCUGUGUGACAGGGUCAGUACAGCCCUACCCGUUUAGAGCUUGCAGCUUGCUUUUAGUGUAAAUAAAAACCCUUGAGCUCUUA